UUCAAAAUUACAAGGCGUAAUAUAUUAAUUUUCUAGUGUAAUCCAGACUUUCUUUCGGCUAUGGCUACGCAGAAAACUCGCCCUAUAGAUGCGUUACAUCGCAUCAUGUCUUCAUUCAAGCAGUUUGAAAAGAAGUUGGACAAAUUACAAGAUGAUGUGAAUUUUCACGGACAGACUCUAACAGACCUUAGAGCCAUGGUAACAAACCUUUCAGGAGGGAAUAUUGCUAUGACUGAAGGAAAAUCCGACGACAAUAGGCGUCCCUUAAAGAAAACAGCAGCUAUCCAGUAUGAGGAAAAAACGAACUUGGAUGAUCCUAUUAAAACGAAACGGAGGAAUGCCCUUCAGCCAAUACCUACUAAACUGAAAGUGAAGAGUUUACAGUAUCAGAAACCGGUUGUCGAUAGUAUAAAUUCACCAUAUCAAGGCUACAUGAACAAGCUUGAGGCAAAUGCCAAGAGUAUGGCUGCAAAGCACGCCCUCAGGCACAGGAAAGCAGAGGCCCCACGAAAAGCAAACACACUACGAAACCAAAAAAACAUGGAAAAGAAACGCAAUAAACUCGCAAAGUAGGGAUUACACUGGAAAAUUAAAUAUUUCAUGUUUGGUAAAAAUUAUAUGUAAUUUUUGUUGCUGCUUGACAGGUGGGACUAAAAAGAAAAUAAAACAAAAAAAUAUUCUA